CUGAGACAAAUUGCCCAGUUCGGCCUGUCGGGUGCAGCUUGUUGAUACCGCCUGUUGCUCGGAUACCGGGACCGGAAGUCUUGUCCGUCCCUUCAAAAUGUCUGCCGGCCCUUCACCCGGGUUGUGGAGGGGACGAGGGAGCCAAAGGCUGUAAAGUUUUCUUAUUACAACCAAGUUCCACUGAUCUUUGCUGCCUCCCGUACCCCUCCAUGGAUUCCUAUGUGAGGUUUGUUUCCCUCAGCCAAGGUAGAGACAAAAUUUUCAGAACCAUUCAGUAUGCAUGCACAUUACUUAAUUAUCUAAUUCACAAGAAUGGCAGUAACAAGGAGCUGGCUGCCAAACUUAAACAUCUGGAGUCUAACUUGAAUGCAGGACGUAAGUUAUUUCGUUUGGGUAACACAGUGGAUGCAGUUCAAACAGCCAGAAGGAACAUUCAUCUUUCAGAUCCAGUGCUUCGGUUUUACCUCACAGUGAUUCCUCUCAGUCGGGCUCUGUACUAUGUUUGUGAUAAUAUUCUCUGGGCGGGAGCAGUGGGACUGAGUAAUAUUGACAAGGAGAAGUGGAGCAGGCGAUGCAACCGUUACUACUUCUUCUCACUGAUUGUCAGCCUGGGGAGAGAUGUCUAUGAGGUUGUCCAGCUCUUGAAAGAAGAAGCACUUGCCCAGAAGAGACAACAGAGUAAAUCCAUAAGCACCCUGGAAAACAAUCAUAUGCAGAGAGAAUUCAUCUGGUUAGCAAGGAUCAAGACUAAAGCUUUCUUUGUGCUGCUUUUUCAAAGCCUUGGGAACAAUCCUCCUGUAUUGCUCGAUAUUGUUAAAAACCUCUGUGACCUCACCCUCCCGCUAGACAAACUUGGCAUCUGCAAAACCAAUUCUGCUGUGGUGGGUUUCUGUGGCCUUCUAUCCUCAAUCCUCUCAAUUCUAACUUUAACACAUCCAGCACUGAAGUUGAGACCAUGAAUAAACUUUGCUCUUCCUGAAAUAAGAACUUUAUUAUUUCUCUGACAGAAGUAUGAGAGAAUGUGUGAAAUGGAAAUAGUACUUUGUCUGUAUUCUGCAGAUUCACAAGAUACAUUGGUGUAUUUUAAUAUUUUGCUCAGUACAACUGUUUAAACUAUUUUUCUGAAUCUUUGAGCCCAAUAGGUUAAUGCACUGACUUCCAUUGUGGACUAUUUCUGUGAACUUGGAACCUUUUUUAUCAAAAUCUCCCAUCCUCUGCCGCGGGCAAACAUAUCCAUUAUGAGCUUCUGGAGCCAGGCUCUGAUUGGCAAAAUGCCAUUUGGGUACUAAAGCACAUUAACGUGACCAGGGUACUGUUUCUUUAAUCUGUGCAGGUAAAUAUGUCUGAUCUCACUCCUCUGCUUUAUCUGUUUUUAUUUCUCUCAUUCUCACCCCAACAGAAUAAAUGGGGGGAGAGAGAGAGAGAUUACAUUGGGUGGAUAUUUUAUAACAAGACAAUAGUCUUGAGAUUUAUUGCUUGAAGAGAAAAAAGUGGGAAGAAAUACUAGGAGCUCUAGAAUUAUGAAAUGCUAAUGCACAAGUUGUUAUCAAGAACAAUAUUGCAAUUUAUGGCAAGGGAUUGGUCUUUGAAACUGAAAUGAUAGCACCUUAAUUUUGAUGCUGGCACUGUUACUAAUAGAAGGGGAGAGACUCCUUGUCUAAUGUAUUUCUGUGUUCCAAGCCAUCUGAGAAAACAAUGUAUUCAUCAAACUGCCAACUAUUCCAUACUGAAAUUUGUCUGAAAUUUUAUUCAUUGCAAAGAACAAUUUUAACUUUUUCCAAUACUUUGGUGCCCUACACUAUUUGCUUGGGUAUUGAGCCAUAGAGACCAGAAAGUCCUAUAUUAAAUGUCAUGAUUUUUUUGUUUGCUUAUCCUGCUGUAUAAGGACUACUUCUGUAAAUAUUCCCACUUAACAUAAAGCAUUUUUUUUACAGGAUCAAUCUGGAAUGAUAUUUUGAAUUAAAAGGAGUACUGGGUAACUCUUUCAGUUAGCAAAUAUGUUUUUAUGGACAUUGGACAAAGUCUCUUUUGUGAUACCCUCCAUCGUCAAAUAGUUAGCUAAAACUUUGUUUUGGAUCUUUAGAGAAGUGGCCACUUGGGUGACUGAAGUUGAAUAAGGCCAUAAAUUUGGUGAGCUUGAACUUUAUUGCAACCUUAUUGUCUGCCAGUUUAUAACUUCCACAAGGAAUGUAUCACAGAACAAUUACUGUUGCAAUUUUCUAAUGGAGAGCAGGAUCCAAUAUUUUCAGGGUCUUGAUGAAACAUGUAUUUGAGAAAGUGCCUAACUAUGACUUGUUUACAAAUGAAGCAACUUGAGAAAUAACAACUUUGUUUAAAUUAAUAUAUUUUUGACAAGUUGCUGGAUAAUGAGUUGUAUAAUUUUUUUGAGCUUUUCUCAUGACUUAAAUUUGAAAACCUUUUUGAAAAUACAGAAAUUCUUGAAAGUAACUUUUUGAUAUGGGGCUCUCUUAUGCGAGGAAGUUCAUCUGAGGUUAGAAUAUUCAUGAACUGUCUAAUGAAAAACAUUUUUGUUCACUGAAAGCUUGGGUAAAUCAAGCCAGUGUGUUUAAUAUAUGAUUUAAAGGCUUCUCAAAAAAAAAUUAACACAUUUUAGCUAGGAACCUUGCUUGAACAUGGUCUAGCUCAGGAAAGCUAAGUGUUAAAACAUUAAGACUGACUAUGCAAUGCACAUUCUAGUCUAGCAAGGUGGGAUACCAAGUUUUUCCUAACAAAGCAGUGGUAAUUUCUGUAUCCUAAAUUAGGAAGAAACAAUUUUUUAUUAAUUGCUGCAAACCAAUGCUGCUAUACUGGAGCUGAAUAAUUCUACUGUUCUAUUUGUGUGCUCUAAUAAAUUAAUAUAUUCGUUAC